GAGAGCUGAGCUGGGAUGGAGCAUGGCCCACAUACCACAGAGGAAGUCAAUGGCUCCUUCUAUCAGCCCUCAGCUUUCUUCAUGAUGGGCAUCCCAGGCCUGGAAGCCUUUCACCACUGGAUCUCCAUCCCUUUCUGUGCACUGUACCUUAUUGCUCUCUUGGGAAACUGCAUGAUCCUAUUCAUCAUAAAGAAGACCCAAAGUCUUCAUGAACCUAUGUACUACUUCCUCUCCAUGCUGGCAGUCACUGACCUGGGCUUAGUUUUCUGUACCCUGCCCACUACCCUGGGCAUUUUUUGGUUUAAUAUGCGAAGGAUUGGGUUUGAUGCUUGCCUCACUCAGAUGUAUUUUAUCCACAUACUGUCCUUCAUUGAAUCCUCUGUGCUCCUGGCGAUGGCAUUCGACUGCUUCAUUGCCAUCUCCCAUCCUUUGAGACAUCCAUCCAUACUGACCAAGACGACUGUCAUGAAAAUAGGUCUGGCAAUUAUAGUGAGAGCUAUGGUCUCCCUCCUUCCCAUCCCCUUCUUGCUCAAGAGACUGACCUACUGUGGGAAGACUGAGCUUUCUCACUCUUUUUGUUUCCACCCUGAUAUCAUGAACCUUGCAUGUGCAGAUACAAAAGUCAAUGUCUUCUACGGUAUGAUUGUUCUCUUAUCAACGGUGGGGAUGGACUUCAUCUUCAUUGUGCUGUCCUACAUCCUGAUCAUUAAAACUGUGGUCAGCCUUGCAACCAAGGACGAGUGUCUCAAGGCUCUGAACACAUGUGUCUCCCACAUCUGUGCUGUUCUAGUGUUCUUCAUCCCAAUGAUCGGGCUGUCCAUGAUCCAUCGCUUUGGAAAGAAUGUUCCUCCUCUGGCUAACACUUUGGUGGCCUACACCUACCUUAUUAUCCCCCCUGCUCUCAACCCCAUUAUCUACAGCAUAAAAUCCAGCCACAUCCGUGAGGCUUUGCUCAGGGCACUGUGGAAGAAGAGUGAAUCUGGCUGGUCCUCCACCAGUUCUGCCAGAAAGCACUAGUGGACUGGUUUCUUGUCCAGAAGUAGUGGACUGGUUUCUUUGUGCUCCAUUCACACAGGUCACUCCAGAUGUAAGAACUGCAGAUCCACUCGGAUGCUGUCCCUCAACCCAGAGCUGUGAUCCUCCAUGUUUUGUCCCAGCAUGAUGUUUUUGUCCCUUCCAGAAGCCUGCAAACUCCCCAAGCGUGAAUGCCAGUGAUCUAGACGGAUGCCCCAGUCAGAGGGAGACAAUUAAAGGAAAAUGGGCUGCAUGGUUUUCUCUUUGCAAGUCAGAGAAUCAUAGAAUCAACUCUGUUGGAAAAGACCUUUAAGAUCAUCAAGUCAAAUCAAUGGACUUGACAAUCAAUGGACCUGUAAGAUCAUCAAGUCAUGCAAUGGGGUGGAUAAAGUAUCUGCAACGCAUGUUGUGCUAACUCUAGUAGCCAGAUAACAGCGAGUAAGCUUCACUCAGACUCACUUGCAUGUGGUCAUUGUUCCCUCACUGCAUGCUACAGCAUAGGCAUAGCUAACCCAGGCAGCAAGCUCAAUAGGGCCAAGAGUUUGGAGCCACUCUGAAUAUCUCAGUCAUUGUCCAACUGGAAACACACCACAAAAUGGAGUCCAGCUCCAGAAGCACAGAACAUUUUCUGAGGGUUAGGUCCUGUUAAGUUGGCAAACAGCACUCAGUCCAGCCAUUGUUUUGCAUUGAAUGUAGUGUUUGUGUGCAGUAUCUUCAAUAAAAGAACAUCU